CAGCGUGACAUACAUGCAGGACGCCUCGUCUCUUAGGUCAGCCCCCUCUAUAAACAGCUGCGAAAACACAGCAGUCUUCAUGGGAACAGAGUAGACGAGGGAACACAGUCAUUCUGAACGAUCAGCAGGCCUGAGUGGGAAGCAGAGGUCUGACAAGUACAACCGGCAUUUUUCAUCUCAAAGAUUUGGAGUUUACCAGUCGGCCUGAGAAGGAACUGACUCACUAUCGUACAGAAUAUAAUUUCAAGGGAAUAUUUUUAAUACAGAACUUGAAGGAGCCACAAGAACUUUUUCAAAUCAACAAGAAGCCAAAGAACAUGGGGAACUGCCCCAUCAGAUUUCAAUCCAACCUGACAAUCCUAGAAAAUGCAGCUGAACCUGUAACACCACCCCACCAGGACAGUAUGGUCAUAUCCCUCUAUAACUACCCGUCCUUUGGGCACACAGGAUUGGCCAUGUGCAUUGGGGAACUACUCACCAUCCUAUCAGACGAUGGCGAUUUUAUGACGGUGAGAUCCACAGUCACAGGUUGUGAGAGCUAUAUUCCCACCAGCUACACCGCCAAGGUGACAAACAGGUGGCUGUUCAUGGGCAUCAGCAGGUACAAAGCAAUAGAGCUGCUCAUGCAACCUUAUAACCAGCAUGGAACCUUCUUGAUCCGAGAGUCAGAGACAAUCAGAGAUUGUUACUCGCUGUCUAUCCUGAAGAGGACCAACCCUUCAUGCCUGGACAGUGUAAAGCACUACCGCAUCUCUUGCCUCCCAAAUGGCUGGUUCUACAUAUCUCCAAGACUCACCUUCCCCUCCCUGCAUCACCUGGUGGAACACUACUCAGAGUCUGCAGAUGGAUUGUGCUGUCGGCUGACACGGCCUUGCUUCAUCCAGGGUCUCGACAACGCUACAGAAGCCAGACCUACACCCACAACUGUCAGGAGGCCUACCAUCAACUGGAAGGACAUAAGCAGAUCAGUGAUCUUCAGGAGGAAGAGAACAGAGUUGGACCAAUCUCUGGUGAGUGAGGGGCUGAGGGAGGCCAUCACCUCCUACCUCCAAAUGACAGAGGGCAGCGACCACACCUGGGACACUUGAGGACAGACAGUGGACCAUUGUGAAAGGAUGAAGUCAGACACAUAGAGUGCAUUCAGAGGACUGUCCUGCCUCAUCUGCAGUUUGGGCGGGCCAGUGGAAGAGGUCGUCUGCACGGUCAAGCCACAGCCCUGGGGUCGCAGGAAGACUGAGACACUACAAGGUUUAGAGUUGUGACAUACUGUAUGUCAGUGGGAGGACUGGUUUUUUGUUUGUGUAUGUCCAGGCUCAGAGAGGAGGUGAUAAUUAAAUGUAAGGCAUACAUUUGUUUUUCAAAUUGAAAUUGAAUGUUUCUCUUAAUUUAUAAACUCAUAUGUAUGUGCUGUCUGGAUGCAAUAUGUGAAUUAAAGUGUUCUAUGAUUGCUGAAAUGCUUAUUUUAUUGGAAUCCAAUAAAACAUAUUUACUAUGUGAAAAAUGAACACAUAGCCAUCUAAAACACAAAA